AUGGGCAAAGCAACUGCUGGCCGCCCUUUUGUGGCGCGAGUGCUGCUGCCAGAGGGCAGAGAGGUGGAGUUUUCCUUGGACCAUGGCCCGUUGCAAGAGCAAGUUGCCAAUCUCUGUGAAACGCACGGUAUCGAUUACGACGAAGAUGAAAAUUUGAAGGUGCUGGUGAUGGAAUGCCCGUUUGGCUCCAGUACUGUGGACGUGGUCUUGGGCCACCUCUCGGACCUGGAGAUCCUCCCAAGGAGAUCUCCGUUUCACCUUUUGGACGGUCUGCAGCUGGCGGAGCGUCAGCUGCAAGACCUCGACGACGCGAUGAGUCGCGGGGCCACUAGCUCCAGCGAGGGCGUGGCGACGGCGGUGAAGGUGCUGCUGCAAAGCAUCCACCAAAACGAAAUCUUCGCCCAAGAGGUCAUUGCUCAGGCGGGCAUCCCCUUGCUGUUGCAAGCGUUGCUAACGCCCGCCGCCGAGCUAGCGGCGCUGGCGGUGGCCGAGUUGCUGCACUACGACAGUGGUGCAGAGUAUUGCGAAGAGAACAAGGAGGAGGUGUUUUCCGAGGAGACGCUUGAAGCCUUAGUGAAUCUCUCUUUGAAGGGCGCAAAGUCCUGCUUUGCUCUACUGGCAUUACUGCUCCUGAUUCACCGUGGCGACGUUUUGCGCAGCUUGCGGCCGCAGAUGCCUCAGCUUCUGGCGGUGGCAGCGGAGGAGGAGAACUGUGCGUUGAUGCUGCUGAAGGUGAUCCAGGAUGCAGUGGAGGAACUCAAGCUGGCACGAAAAGACGAGGACCUUGAGAUCUCUUUCUUUUUUUUUGGAGACGAGCAGGCCCGUACCUUGCAAGAGAAAUUGACGCCCCAGAUGCUGCAGCCGUACCUGGUAGAGGAGGUGUUGUCAAGCUCCCUGCAUGCCGCCUGCUGCCAGCUUCAACGCGACUCCUUUGCGGAGCAGAAUCGAAGUUUGCGCUCCAAAGCGGAAGGUUUGCGCUCGAAAGUGUUGCAAGAGACACAACAGGACCUCACGAUUCGUCGCUUGGAGGAGAAGAUCCGCCGCUGCGACGUGGCCAUGACCAAGAUGUUGGAGUUCGUGGAGGUCAGUGACCAUCCGCAGAUGGAACAAUGGCUACAGGACAUGCUGCGGAAAGGCUUUGACGCGAUGCCGCUAUGGCCCAAGGGGCAAACUCCUUUGCACUACUUUGCCAUGUACAUGGAGGACGAAAGGCUCCUGGAGCUCCUGCUGUCCCUGGGCUGCCCCGUGGAACGCCGCGACAGCGACGGCCUCACUGCCGCGCAGCGGGCCACGCAGCGCGGGCGCCACGACCUGGCGCUGCUGAUCGAUGGCUAUGCGGAGGAACCACAGCUGGACAGCCCAAUGCCUGUGAGCAGCUUCAUUCAAUUGGGCAACGACGAGAAAAUCGAUGCAGAAGUGGAGGAGGAGGCAACGCUGAAGGAAGCGGCUGAAAGAUGUCAAGGAUAUCUGCACAAAUAUCCCACCUCAGGGCAUAGCUUCUGGCGGAAGACGCAGAAGCGCUACUUUGCACUACGCUGCUACCGCAAAGCGAAGGCUCCCGGGCGCCUCGCAACGCCCGGGACGUUUUCAAGCGGCCUGUGCUGGGAGCUGGGCUACUGGGAGUCGGAGGAAGCCUUCAGAGAUCCAGGUCAAGAGCCCAAGAACACGGUCGAGAUGUCUGAGGUCAUUUCCAUCUCUCAGGUGUCGGAAAGUGCGGAGGCGGGAAUCCAGAUCACAUAUCGAGAGGGUGGCAAUCAACGUGAGCUCUUGGCCGUGGCGAAGGAUUCCAAGGAGAUGCCCAGUGCCACCGAUGCAGAGGCCUGGUGUCAAAGGCUGCAGUACUUCUCCAAGCUUCUCAAAGACUCCGAGAGCGCGCGAACCAAGCGGAGACCGGUCACCAGACCCGGCGUUGCUGCCACCGGUGGAACACCGCCGGUAAAGCGACCCGAGGCUGCGCCAGUUGUGCCCACGGUUCCCAUGCCGGAGCUGCCGGCAUCACCGGUGACGGAGGAGCUGAGUAGCUUUCUUGGAGAACCACUACCAGCACCGCGGAGAUCGGACCUUCACCUUCGAAGCGAUGGCAGUUCCACCUUUGGUUCCAACAUGGCGAGUCGGAAGAGCGUGCGGAAGGGUCCACGGCGGGAACGAGCCGUGAGCCGUUGGAAUGACGAGGAUGAUGCGGAAGCUGCAUCAAGUCGCGUGCAGGAGUUCCGCAUCGGCAGUUUUUCCUCGGCCGUGGGAGACGGUGAACGAAGGUCCUCGCUGGAAGACAUGUACAGCUUUGCUUUGGAACUCUUGCCUUCGUCCUGGCGACGCUCCUUGUCUAGAUCCCGUUCCUCUUUGCCUCGCUCUUCCUUGACAGAGGUGACGUCCGAGACGUCCGACGAGAUGCCCAUGCUCAGCGAUUUUCUGGAGGGAUCGGCAGCCUCGGCUUCGACAGCUGUUGAAGCCAAUGCAAGACACACUGAACCUGAAGAACAGGCAAGUGAGGAAUCCAAAACAGCAGACAGCUCAUCGCAUCGCCAGCUUAGGCCGGAGCCCACCGCAGUAGAAGAAGAUGAGACGGCCAAAGUUGCCAAAGAUGAAAGCGCUGAAUCUGCCCCCAAAGCAGGCAAAGGCCCAGCAAAGGGAGGCAAGAGCAAAGGUCCACCUGCCCCAAGCAAAGGAAUAGAUUCGGGGGCAACAGCAACAGAAGGAGAUCAAGAGGCAAAAGUUGCCGGAGGAGAAAGUGUUGAAGCUGCCCUCACAACUGGCAAAGGACCAGCAAAGGGAGGCAAGAGCAAAGGUCCACCGGCCAUAAGCAAAGGAGGAGAUUCGGGGGCAACAGGAACAGAAGGAGAUGAAGAGGCAAAAGUUGCCGGAGAAGAAAGUUUUGAAGCUGCCCUCACAACUGGCAAAGGACCAGCAAAGGGAGGCAAGAGCAAAGGUCCACCUGCCCCAAGCAAAGGAGGAGAUUCGGGGGCAACAGCAACAGAAGGAGAUGAAGAGGCAAAAGUUGCCGGAGAAGAAAGUGUUGAAGCUGCCCUCACAACUGGCAAAGGACCAGCAAAGGGAGGCAAGAGCAAAGGUCCACUGGCCAUAAGCAAAGGAGGAGAUUCAGGGGCAACAGCAACGGAAGGAGAUGAGGUGGCAAAAGUUGCCGGAGAAGAAAGCGUUGAAGCUGCCCCCAAAGCUGGCAAAGGCCCAGCAAAGGGAGGCAAGAGCAAAGGUCCGCCGGCCUUAAGCAAAGGAGGAGAUUCAGGAGCAACAGCUACAGAAGGAGAGGACGCGGCCAAACUUGCCGCAGAAGAAAGCGCUGAACCUGCCUCCAAAGCCGGCAAAGGCCCAGCAAAGGGAGGCAAAAGCAAAGGUCCACCUGCCCCAAGCAAAGGAGGAGAUUCAGGAGCAACAUCUGCAGAAGGAGAUGAGGCAGCCAAAGUUGCCGGAGAUGAAAGCGCUGAACCUGCCCCCAAAGCAGGCAAAGGCCCAGCAAAGGGAGGCAAAAGCAAAGGUCCACCUGCCCCAAGCAAAGGAGGAGAUUCAGGAGCCACAGCUGCAGAAGGAGAUGAGGCAGCCAAAGUUGCCAAAGAUGAAAGCGCUGAACCUGCCCCCAAAGCAGGCAAAGGCCCAGCAAAGGGAGGCAAGAGCAAAGGUCCACCUGCCCCAAGCAAAGGAGGAGAUUCAGGAGCAACGGAAGGAGAUGAGGCAGCCAAAGUUGCCAAAGAUGAAAGCGCUGAACCUGCCCCCAAAGCUGGCAAAGGCCCCGCAAAGGGAGGCAAAAGCAAAGGUCCACUCGCCCCCAAUAAAGGUGGUGCGAGUUCCCCGCCAUCUGCUGAUGCGGGUGCAAAGGGAGGGAAAGGCCCAGCCAAAGGUCCAAGCAAGGGGAAAGGCAAAGGGAAAGGAAAGGAGGAAGUGAAGUUGCGGCAACCAAAGAUCAAACCCACACAGAGCAUGAAGCAGCUCUGGUGGACGCGCUUCUUGUUGGGCCGUCACCUCAAGGAGGGCGAAACCAUUUGGGACGUGGCAGGUGAAGAAGACGUGACGUUGCAAUGUCAAGUGGUGGAAAAUCGCUUCGGCCGCGGCAGCGCCGCAGUGAAGAGCGAGGAGAAGACAACCGCGAAGAAAGAAAAAGAAACCUUAAAGGCGAUUCGUAUCAUCACGGAUCCCAAUCUGAUCGUUGGGAAAGAAGCUGCGAUCCGAAAUCUACCUGCCUCCCCGGACGUGGCCAAGGCGUUGAUGAAGUUGGACUCGUUGGUCUUGACGCCUUCACAUCUGGCGGUGAUCAAAGAACAUGCUUGUCCACAGCCCGCACAGGUGGCGCAGUUGGAGGAAGCGUUGAGGGAAAAUCCUGGGGUGCCACUGGCCUUGCCUGAGGAGUACAUGUGGCAGAUCAGCCGCAUCCCGGCAUUUCAGGCACGCAUCUCAUGUUGGAGUUUCUUGCUCAAUUACAAGGAGACGGCGAGCUCUUGUGGAGUGAUGUUCAGUGAGUUCACGAAAAUCCAACGUGCGAUUCGGAAUUCGCAAAUGCUGCAGAAACUCCUUGCCUUGAUCCUGGCUGUGGGCAACUACCUGAACGGCGGCACGGAGCGGGGCCAAGCGGACGGGUUUGACCUGGAGACCCUAACGAAGCUGGACUCGGUCAAGGACAACGUCGUGCAGUCUCGUGAUGCACGUCAUUUGAUCUUCGAGAUGUUCUUCUGCGGCUCGCAGGACAUGGGCCAGUUGGCCAAAGAAAGCAGCGCCAGCUUCUACGAUCGCGGAGAGCAACUUUUGGAGGAGCUGGGCCCCUUGAUGAAGAGCGUGAGUCGUGCGGUGCAACGCGACGCGGAGGGUACACUGAAAAUGAUGAAGAUCGUGCGCGUGGGUCUGGAAGAAGCGGAAGAAAGUCUCCGGGAACUCACCACACAGUUGUCCGAGCAGCAGGAGGCUCUCCAGAUGGCCUUGGAACUCACCACAGAUCCAGUGGAUCCAUUGAAGGUGCACAUGGUGAAAGACUUGGCCUUGGCCACGGAGGAAAUCAAAGUGCUGGAAGGCAAUGCUGCCAGGUGCCGUGAAGACUACAUGAAGCUCUUGAAGUAUUUCAAUCACAGCGGCAUGAAAAGCAGUGAUUUCAUCCUUUUGUGGGACAACCUGCUGAUCCCGGAAGAUAUCAUGUUGGCCAUUCCGUUAUCCACCUUGAAGAAGCACAUCUUCCCGCGCUUCUGCAGCCCUUCGGUGGUCCCGGGCCUCAACGACCUGCUGCUGCUCUGGGGCUUCCGCUCUGCCGAGCAGAAACCCGUGCGCAAGAGCGGCACGCGCGUACGACGGAAGCCGAGAAGGGAGCGCGUGCCCACACCUGCCAUGGUGGACGUCUCCGCGGUGGCGCGUGCACGGCGCGUGGGGAUUCAUUGGCUUAGCGUUUCGCGGAGGCGAAGGGCCGGGCACCUGGCAGCGUGA